GAAAAGCACACGUCCCGACGUCAAGGUCAGUCGAGCAGGAGCUCAUCAGAAGAGGAAGAACGGAGCAGUAGAUCUGCGAGUUUAAAUGACAAAAUCACUUCAGAGCAUCGCAGAGAGAAUUCUGACAAAACAAGUGAAGAAGUACACAAGAAUGAAUUAAUUGCUGCCGGAGAAGGAGAUGCCGAAACAGCGUUUUCCAAGGAGGAAGAGGAAUCAAGAAUCAGUAUGUCCGAGAAUACUCCAAACCAUCCAAAUAACUUCGAAUCUCCGCUGAAGUCGAAUAACAAAGUAUUUAGCCCUGUAAAAGGGAGAAUUGAAAGAAGCCAAAGUGUGACUACAACGUCAACAAAUAUGAAAGGACCUCAAGUGGAGAUGAAAGAGAAACCAUGUAACCGAAGCCUUCCAGCUUCACCAACUAAAUCGAUCAAUGGGGAAUCAUCUAGUCCCAGAAUUUCCAAUAUUGAUCAAAAUGAAGCCACGAUGGAAGAAGACAAGACAAAGCAAGCAAGCUCAAAAGAAGUGUCAGAAACGUCGAGUGCUAAAAUCAGGCCCGCUUCUACCAUCAGCUUGCCCAGUCGGAAACCUAGUAGCAAUGUCCAAUGCCUCAAGGAGAACAGAGCAAGUCUUGCAGAAGUGCCUGAUUCUCACCCUAAUAGUGGUAGCCGCAAAAAAUCCACUGCCGCCUCAGCAGAUCCAACCAGUGAGGAUUUCGCCAGCGAAGUUACACCAGAGCCACUAGCACCGGUUAAUAUCUCACCAGAAACAGACGCUGGGAAUGAUCAACCAGCAGUAGGGUUGAAAAAUGGCAAGGUCAAGUCAGCCGAAAAGUCCUCAAAACCAUCGAAGCAAGGUAAAAACACCGCUACAUCAAAAGAGGUAGAAAAGCAUAGUAGGAGGCAAUCAGUUAAGAUGAAAGCGACUCAGCCGAAGCAAAAGAAACCCAAAGUGCCUACCAAAUUAGAUGUCUGCGAGACUGACGAGCCUCCAAGUGACAGACGUGAGAAAUCAGCAGGAGGAGCUGAUCAGGUAGCUGACGGAAAAGUUGAUGGUUCCCGAGACUCAGCGCUUGAUGAGGAUUCUGCUAAGCCGACACAAACACACGAAGAGGUAAAACUCCAAAAAAAGUAA